CUUGGGGGCACCCGAAGCCUGAAUGAGGACGAGCGACAACGCGACGACCGAACAGAGGCCAAGCUAGGGCAUACAGCAAGCAAAGUGCUAGAGGAUGCCCAGGAUUUGCAUGUUCUGGCGGAUUAGACAACAUGUUCUUCGGAAAGAAUGUUCCAUUCGAUCCUGCAGUGCAGGGAAAGCCUGGAAUAAUGAUAUUGACAGGCUAAGAAAGGCCCGAUCUUUCUCGUCCCUGUCGCAGCUGGCUUUUCCACAGCCGACCAUCAUUCUCUUUCUCUCUGGGAUCCUCCCUGAACCUUUCGCUUCGGCCGCGGGUGUCCGUACAAAGUUCUUGGUGGAGAAGUUGGCUCAAACAAGAGGUGUCCAAGCGGUACACUAUGGAACAGGAGCUAAAGUCACCGAACGUAGCAAUACCCAGAGGGAACUGGAAGCACUGGGGGUUUGCUUUCACCAGGUCCCUCCCAACGAUUCUCAACUAAUGCAGCAAUUCUUGACCCAAUCAGGAUGCCAUCAAGCAGAUGCAAAUGUACUGGUGGUCUUUGAUAGAUUCUACUCGGAAGAAUACUAUUCCUUCCAAAUCCACAGUCAAUGCCCUCAAGCAACCAUGGUGCUAGAUAUGCAAGACAUGCAUGCAUUGCGGUGGCAUCGUCAGUCCAUCAUUGAGCAGCAGGAUCAAGACAAGGAAGAAGGAAACGAUCACGAUUUUCUGACGGGCUUGCCAGUCGACACGAACUCGUUUCCACUGGCAAGUGAUGAAAAGCUGCAGCGAGAGCUGGCUAGCAUCCAUCGGUCCGACUUGACAUUGGUCUGCUCUCGCGUGGAAAUGGAAGCACUUCAGCAAGUCUACCAAAUUCCACAGUACAAAUUGUGCUUGGCUUCCUUUUUUAUGGACAACAAUGCGUUACUGAGAAUGACCAACCCGCUCGACUUUGACGACAGAAAGGACUUUUGUUUUAUUGGUGGAUUCCGACACGACCCCAAUGUGGAUGCUGUCUGGCAAAUGAAGCGUCUGUGGCCCCGAAUACAAACGGCACUAUCAGCCAAUGACGACAACAACAAAAAUGCAAAUUUUCAUGUCUAUGGGCCCUUUUGUCCCCGCUCUGUCCGAGACCAAUGCCACGAUCCAGGGGCCGGAUUUCACAUUCAUGGGUUUGCCGACCAGCCGGUAGGAGACAUUUUGAGCCAUCACAGGGGACUGUUGGCGCCGCUUCGAUACGGGGCUGGGAUCAAGGGCAAGAUACUCGAUGCAUGGACGGUUGGGACUCCCGUGGUGACGACUCCAAUCGGAAGCGAAGGAAUUGGUGCCAAUAAUAUAGCCUGGGGGGGCGCGGUAGCCCAUGGUUCCCAGGAAUUUGUGGAUGCGGCAGUCUCAUUGCACACGGAUGAAAGAACGUGGCGUCAAGCAGGGGACAGAGGACAUGCCAUCCUAGCAGAACAGUUUGGCAUUCACAACUGGGAUUCCGUAGUGGCCAGUCUCAUCGACGUCGUGAGGAACAAAGGGGCAAGGCGGCAAGGAGACUAUAUGAGAGGUGUCUUGUGGCAGCAAACACUGAGAAGCACAGAGUUUUUCUCCAGAUGGAUUGAGGAAAAGAACAAAAAAUGACCGACGUCUUGCUUGGAUCGUGGCAAAGACAUGGUUGGUAAAUCACUGUACGCGAGGAUCACUCCGCUGCCCUGGAUAUAGGCAUCCUUCCCCGUCCUGAGACAGACUUGCUGCAUUCUGUGAUGAUCAGUUACCAUACUUCAGGUUGUGUAAUUGUGGACUUUGGGCUUAGCUAGAGUAUUCAAGGAAAGCUUCUGCUAGCGAUAACAUCACAAGAUAAAUCCAUGAGUUGCAAAUGC